CUUUGAAGUUGCAAGGAAAAUAGUUAAUAAAUGGCAUCUACACCUGAACAAAAAAAGGAAGGGACAAUAGCAUCUAGGUUGAGAUCAAGUUUCAAAAAGACAUUCCAAACAAAAGAAGGAAUUGAAGGGAAGCCAAUUCGGUUAGAAAAAGACAUUAAUAAGAUCAAAGCUGAAAAGGUUACAAAGAAGAGCGGUGCUUCUAAGACUAAAGAUUCAUCUUCAAAGAUCUUGAAUAGUUCUGGCAAAGAAGAGAUGAAAGACAACGAGCCUACAUCAAGUAAACAACAAGCUAGUAAAAAACCAAUAAAACAACAACCAAGACACUAUAUUCAAUGGGAUGGCACUGAAGACACAAGUAUGAAGUGGAACUGUGAUUUGUGUAGGCUUAAUUUAGCUAAUAAAGAGGAACAAGAACAUUCAAAUCAACAUGGAGAUGGAGACGGAGGUGGAGAUGGAGAUGAACUGCAGUAUUACUUGUUAUCCUCGCAAGGGGGAGAGGAAGAUUUGAGGAGUAGCGUUUUGCCGGAAGUUGCUGUUCUUCCAUGCAGUCACGUCUUCCAUAUCACAUGUUUAUCUGCCCCCCUCACUCAUCUCACUGAUCCUCCAUGCCCCAUUUGUGAUCCUGCUACCACGUCACUCUAA